GGGGCGGAGCUAAGCCUCCCCCUUCACCUGGGGCCUGUGGUCACCUCGAGUGCCUUCCAGGGCCUGAGACUAGUCGCUUGAAGAAAGGAAAAGAAGCAGGGAGCCCUGCAUGUGGGCAAGAACCUAUAUUUGUGAGAUAGAGCGACUGAGUCCUUCCCGAAAGCGACUAAAUCUCGAGCAGCUCACCCAGCCAGAGCCAGUGUAGUAAACACACUUCAGAAACGUGAGGUGCCGGUGGUCACGUGGGAAGCGUGUCCUCCAAUGAGGAGCCGGAGGCGGGGCCGGGCCCGCUGACGCGGCGGCGGCGGCGGCGGCGGAGUCACCCGGGCAGCCUCGGGACCGAUCACCGGCCGGCAACCGUCCAGCGGCCUCGACCACCGCUUUCGCCCUCUGAUUUUGGUCCUCACUCCCGGACGGAGAGACAGCGCCACCAUCGGAAGCCGAAUCCUUUGCCGGUCCUCUGGGUGACUUAGCGCUGGCGGGCCGUUUUCUCCUCGCGGGCCGCCUCGGUGGGGCGAGGUUUCCGUGACGAACCUCCCGGGGCUGCCCGUGCCAGCUCAGGCCGUCGUGACCGCUCGAGCUGCUGGAACUUGCGCGCUCUCCAGGGGUCUCAGGCCCUGGAAGUUAUGCAUCUUCUUAGGGCGCUGGCCGCGGGCGGCGAUUCCUAAAGGGCGUCACACUUGGACCUCGCCAACCGGGCAACUUCCAUUCAUCUUCCCGCUGCACCUACGGCGCCCUCGCCUUCUCGGGUCCCCUCCUCGGGUCCAUUGAGUCCCGUCCCCUCCCUGCCGUCCUUUCCUCACUCCUUGGGUGCGGCGAUUCUCCUGGAAGCGAAGGUGUCGGUUAUGAGCCGGACCCCCCUUCCUUGAAUUUCUCGGUGGAGGAAAUCGGCGGUGACCCGCCCGCCGCCCGCCGGGCCCGGGCAUGGGGGUGAACGCCGUGCACUGGUUCCGCAAGGGGCUCCGGCUCCACGACAACCCGGCGCUGAAAGAGUGCAUCCAGGGUGCCGACACCAUCCGCUGCGUCUACAUCCUCGACCCCUGGUUCGCGGGCUCCUCCAACGUGGGCAUCAACAGGUGGCGAUUUUUGCUUCAAUGUCUUGAGGACCUUGAUGCCAAUCUACGAAAAUUAAAUUCUCGUCUGUUUGUGAUUCGUGGACAACCAGCUGAUGUGUUUCCCAGGCUUUUCAAGGAGUGGAAUAUCACUAAGCUUUCAAUUGAGUAUGACUCUGAGCCCUUCGGAAAGGAGCGAGACGCAGCUAUUAAGAAGCUAGCUACUGAAGCCGGAGUAGAAGUCAUUGUGCGAAUCUCACAUACACUCUAUGACCUGGACAAGAUCAUAGAACUCAAUGGUGGACAACCACCUCUAACUUAUAAAAGAUUUCAGACUCUCAUCAGCAAAAUGGAGCCACUAGAGAUCCCAGUAGAGACAAUUACUUCAGAAGUGAUAGAGAAGUGCACAACUCCUCUGUCUGAUGACCAUGAUGAGAAAUACGGAGUCCCUUCCCUGGAAGAGCUAGGUUUUGAUACAGAUGGCUUAUCCUCUGCAGUAUGGCCAGGAGGAGAAACUGAAGCACUUACACGUUUGGAAAGGCAUUUGGAAAGAAAAGCUUGGGUGGCGAACUUUGAGAGGCCACGGAUGAAUGCAAAUUCCCUGCUUGCGAGCCCUACUGGACUCAGUCCUUAUCUCCGAUUUGGUUGUUUGUCAUGUCGGCUAUUUUAUUUCAAACUAACAGAUCUUUACAAAAAGGUAAAGAAGAACAGUUCCCCUCCGCUUUCACUUUAUGGGCAACUGUUGUGGCGUGAAUUUUUCUAUACAGCAGCAACAAAUAAUCCACGCUUUGAUAAAAUGGAAGGAAACCCCAUCUGUGUUCAGAUUCCUUGGGAUAAGAAUCCUGAGGCUUUAGCCAAAUGGGCAGAAGGCCGGACAGGCUUUCCAUGGAUUGAUGCCAUCAUGACACAACUUCGUCAGGAGGGUUGGAUUCACCAUUUAGCCAGACAUGCAGUUGCUUGCUUCCUGACACGAGGUGACCUAUGGAUUAGUUGGGAAGAAGGAAUGAAGGUAUUUGAAGAAUUACUGCUUGACGCAGAUUGGAGCAUAAAUGCUGGAAGUUGGAUGUGGCUGUCUUGUAGCUCCUUUUUCCAGCAGUUUUUUCACUGUUACUGCCCCGUUGGUUUUGGUAGGAGAACAGAUCCCAAUGGAGACUAUAUCAGGCGUUACUUGCCUGUCCUAAGAGGCUUCCCUGCAAAAUAUAUCUAUGAUCCCUGGAAUGCACCAGAAGGUAUCCAAAAGGUAGCCAAGUGUCUGAUUGGAGUUAAUUAUCCCAAACCAAUGGUGAACCAUGCUGAGGCAAGCCGUUUGAACAUUGAAAGGAUGAAACAGAUCUAUCAGCAGCUUUCACGAUACAGAGGACUGGGUCUUCUUGCAUCAGUGCCUUCUAAUCCUAAUGGGAAUGGAGGUCUCAUGGGGUAUGCUCCUGGAGAAAAUAUCCCGGGUUGUAGCAACAGUGGAAGUUGUUCUCAAGGGAGUGGUAUUUUACAUUAUGCUCAUGGAGACAGUCAGCAAACUCACCUGUUAAAGCAAGGAAGAAGCUCCAUGGUCACUGGUCUUAGCGGGAAGCGUCCUAGUCAGGAAGAGGACACACAAAGUAUCGGUCCUAAGGUCCAGAGACAGAGCACUAACUAGAAAACAUUCUGGAAGAAUACUGUUGCAGCUGAAAUUGGUGGGAAAUUCAGUACUUUUCAGUUAAAUUAUUUUAAGAUGUUCUUCAUUGAUGGAAAUUGGUUACAUUUUGAAUGCAUUAUUCCUAAUGACAUUUCCAUGGUUUUUAACUUUUUAAUGAAUUUCACAUAGGACAAGUGAUAAUUUAUAUAUAAAGAACUUGGUAAGAGAAUUUGCUUAAUGUAAAUAGAAAUAGCCACAAUUAGUAUAGACCCACCAGUAUAUUUUUGAUAAAUUUUCCAUGUACGUUAAAAGUUAAAGAUGCAAACUAAUAUUCUGAUAUAAAAAUCAAAGUUUUGAGAGUCAUUGUGGGAAAAUAGGAGGUUUUUAGACUUUCUUAAGACUUUGUUAAAAUUCUAGUACAAAAUUUUCUUGACAUUGUUGUUUGACCUGACUUUGCACCCUUUGAUAAUAACGUUUUAGAAAAUCUGUGUGAUCACAGUUGAUAGUGUAGCCUCUGUUAACAUGAACAUUAUAUGUUUUGAAGUUUCAUGUAUGCUUGUGUUAACCCAAACUUGUGGAAGGAUCAUGUGUUAUGUUCUGUCUCCCUUUUUUUGUUCAUUUAUAACUAAAGUGACUUUGUUAUUAUUAAAGUAUAUUCAA